AUGGCAAAUUCCCUUCUUUUAAUUCUACAACUUUUAUGUAUUUUCUCAAGUACUUGCACUGCCCACAUACCAAAAUUUCCUGCUAUUUUUGCCUUUGGAGAUUCAUUGCUAGAUUCUGGCAAUAACAACUUUAUUCUAACUCUAUUUCAAGCCAAUCACCCACCCUAUGGACAAUCUUUUCCUAAUCAAGUCCCAACUGGGAGAUUUUCCAAUGGAAAACUUGUUUCAGAUUUCUUAGCCUUUUCUCUAGGAAUCAAGGACACUAUUCCUCCUUUUCUUGAUCCCAAUUUACCGGUCAGUGAGCUCAAAACGGGUGUUAGUUUUGCUUCUGCAGGUGCAGGAUUUGAUGAUUUGACAAACGUUAAAACUCAGGGAAUUCCAAUUUUCACACAAGUGGAGAACUUCAAGAAGUUCAUUGAAAAAUUAAAGGGGGUUGUAGGAGAAAAGGAGGCUUUGGACAUAAUUAAGGAUGCUCUAGUUCUAAUUAUGGCUGGAAGUAAUGACAUUGCUUUAAGUUUGAAUAAUGGAUUCCUAAGACGGCUUGAACUUGGCCUAAGUGGCUAUCAUGAUUUCUUGCACCAAAGGCUUGAAGAGAUUAUCAAGAGACUGUAUGAUAACGGAUGCCGGAACGUGCUGAUAACAGGGCUGCCUCCCCUCGGAUGUAUACCUGCUCAAAUGACUGCAAGAUCAAGCUUUAAUCGUCAGUGUAUUCAAAACCUGAAUUCAGAAGCUCAAUCUUAUAAUCAGAAACUUACUGAAAUAUUGCCUCGAAUUCAGGGCACAUUUCCUGGGAGCAAACUUGUCUAUGCCGAUUUAUACCAGCCUUUGAUUGACAUGAAUACUAAUCCUCAAAAAUAUGGAUAUUUGGAGGUAGGGAGAGGAUGUUGUGGGACUGGGCUAUUUGAAGUUGGAUGGUUGUGUAAUCAUCUAACUCCAAUAUGCUCAAAUGCAAGUCAGUUCUUAUAUUUUGAUGCUAUUCAUCCAACCGAGUUGGCCUACCACUCCAUCUCUGAUUAUUUCAUGACCACUGCCAUUCCUCUAUUUUUAGAAUAA